UAUCAUCACACAAAACGACUUCACGACAUUCUUUUUCAAUUCGAAGAUGUGUUAAUGGGAAACCCUAUUCCUACUGCCAAAAUACUUGGUGAAAAACAAGAAGCAUAUAUUUAUGGAAAUAUUAAUUCUGCAAAAUCACUUAUUUUCUUAUGCAAUGCUGAUGAGAAAGAAUCAAAACAGAUAUCCUUUUGUAAUGUUCUGUGGAACCUUCCUAGAUGGUCUAUUAGUAUAUUGCAGGGAAGUGACAAUUCACUAGAAACUCCUUCACUCAUUCUAUUAAUGAAUACGGCCAUUAUUGAAUCACCAAAAAGUUCACCUGAUCGUUUGGUCUUCAGGAUACUUCCUGAAAGUGUCGUGGAUACAGGAUCUUUUUUUUCAUUAUCAGAGCCCAUUCCGUUGUCUGUCGAUGAAUGUGACAAAAAAACAUUACGUCCUCCACCACAGGUUGCGACUACACAAGAUACCACUGAUUACAUGUGGUUAGUGACAAAAUUAGUAAUCAAACGUGAAAAAAGAAAAGAAGAUCAGACUUUGAAUAAAUUCAUUCUCAAAUUGCAUAAUGUUGGUGAUGUUGGUACCGUUUAUAUAGACGAAAAAAAGCAAUCAAUAUACCGUGGUGGGAACGAAGUUCAUUUGCCGCUGGAUCUCAAUUAUUCACAUGAUUCCUUUAGAGAUGGUAUAUAUCCUGAUGGCAGAAAAGAAUAUGUCUUUACAUUACAGAUCCUCAAUGGCUUGAUGGGACUGCCGCAUAUUAUGACGCAUAUGGAAAAGUAUGAGCGAGGAAUCCUGGGCGACGUGUAUCUGAAUAAUAAACAAAUUACGUCUGCGGGAUGGGGGAUUAAAAUUGGACUUGUUGGUGAAAAAGAACGCUAUUUCGAUCCAGAAACACAUUCCCCUCUUCCGUGGAAGAGCAUGAAUUCUGAAAAGUCAUUUUCCAUGACUACUAAUAUUUCAAAAGAAGGACUUGUAUGGUAUAAGUUUCAAUUUACUCUGCCAGAUGAAUAUCAUGAUGUUACUCGUGCAGAAGAUACACUCCCACCGAUCGCUUUAGAUCUCAUAUCGAUGGGAAAGGGUAACGUGUGGGUUAAUGGGCGACAUCUUGGGAGGUACUGGUUAGAGCUUGCCACACGUCCCACAGAUCCGCGCGCACGGGAGGAUCAAGAUUAUGCGGGCUGGUACAAUCCACAUAUAAAAUGCCGAGUAGGAUAUGAUGUUCCAUCACAACGGUAUUAUCAUAUUCCACUUGAAUGGAUGAAGCGCUACGGAGAAGAUCGUAAAAAUAUUGUUGUAUUGUUUGAAGAAUGGGGUGGAGAUCCACUUAAGAUUCGCGUGGCGCAGCGCGUGCAGUGCAAUAUAUGUGAACCCGACGAAACUUGCACUCAUUGA